UUAAAAUGUGACAUAGCAUGAAACUUUUAAUAAUUUUUUAGUAAUGUACUAAAUUGUAAGAUAUUCAUGAAUUUUGUAUAAUAUGCGAGGAACACAAAACUUAGCCAUCUCAUGGACAGAUGUCCGCUAGGUUAAAAGCAUCUGUUGAUGCAAUUAAUUAUGGUCAAAUUAUAGACAAACCGGAGUUUUUAUCAAAAGCAUCUUCCAAUAAUAAAGAAAAUUCAGAAUUUAUUUCUAGCAGUAACCAAACAAAAAAACAUAAAAAACUUAGAAGAGGAAUUGUUUGUAAAGAAAAAUCAACUGAUGAAGACGAAUCAAAUGAUCCUAAUGAGCUUCGAUAUUGUUUAUGUAAUAGAGUAGAAUAUGGUAAAAUGGUAGCUUGUGAUGAUAAAAAUUGCCCACAUGAAUGGUUUCAUUAUGAAUGUGUUGGUAUUACAAAACAACCACGUGGAAAGUGGUAUUGCCCUAAGUGUAUUAUCAAACUGAAGAGAAAAAUAUAAAGAUUUUGUACUACCACAUCAUUGCU